AUGAAGGGCAUUCAAGUCUCCAAAUAUGUCUCCGGACCCUCUGAGCUGGAAGUCAAGACGCUACCGACGCCCCAGGCGUCACCGGACAAGUACCUCAUCAAGAUUCACGCUGCCGGCACCAACUUCUUCGACCUGCUACAGAUCCAGGGCAAAUACCAACACCAGCCGCCGUUACCAUGGGUCGCAGGUAUGGAAUUUGCCGGCGUGGUGCUUGCAACGCCUACAUCCUCUUCCGGUAAUACUGGUAGCAGCGUGGUGUCGGACCUAAGCGGCAGCAUCAGCACGCAGACGGCGCAUAAAUUCAAGGUGGGCGACCGCGUCUUCGGUGCCGUGCACGGCGCGUACUCGACCCACAUCCUCGCGCCGGAGAGCACCUUGUUCCCAAUCCCUGCCGGCUGGUCUUUUGCCGACGCAUGCGGCAUCUACGUGACGUGCCCUACCAGCUACGGCGCACUCGUCACGCGUGCCAACUUGCAGCCCGGCGAGUGGUGCCUGGUACAUGCCGGAGCUGGUGGUGUCGGCCUGGCAGCGGUACAGAUCGCCAAGGCGCUGGGCGCAACAGUAGUGGCCACGGCCGGUAGUGAGCGCAAGAGGCAGAUAUGUCGUGAGUUUGGGGCGGAUUUCGUUGUGGAUUACAAGGACAAAGCGUGGCCACAGAAGGUGAUUGAACUAGCGAGCAAGCAUCGUGAGGGGAAUGGGAAGGCUGGCGUAGAUGUGGUGUAUGACCCUGUUGGGAUGAUCGAUCCAUCAAUCAAGUGCAUUACCUGGAACGGGCGGCUGUUGGUCAUCGGUUUCACGUCCGGGCAGAUCGAAAAGGUUGCCAUGAACAGAGUGCUGCUGAAGAACAUCUCGAUCAUGGGCCUGCAUUGGGGCAUGUAUGCCACGAAAGAGCCCGAGACACCACCAAAGGUUUGGCAGGGAAUCUUCGAUCUCAUCAACUCGGGCAAGUUCAAGCCCAUAACCUAUACCGAUAGGAAGUAUAGGGGGUUGGAAAGCACGAAAGACGCUCUUGUGGCUCUGGGCAGCCGGGGCACAUGGGGCAAGGUGACAAUUGAGAUCGAGGACGAAGACAGCUCGCGGAGCAAGCUAUAA